CAUAGGCGGUCAUGAGAAAGCUUCUACAAAUUGUUUUACUCAUUUUAUUUGAAUAUCUGAAAAACUCACUAAAUUUACCUGUUUAUGCCUAUUCGCUUAUUUUCUAUUACUGGCAAUAAUAUUUGUUACAACAGCAGUUGUAAACAAAAACAUUGCAGUAGCAAUUGGCAAAAAAAAAAAAAAUAGACUAAUUUAAUGCUUCAGAGACGUAAAAAACCUCAAAGAACUAAACUUUACGGCCGUCGCAAAAUCACAAGAAAUAAACGAAGUCGAGAGCGGCGUAGAAUAGAACGACAGCAAGACAAGUUACGCGAAAUGUCACUGCAAUUUGGCAAAACAAUCGCACCGAAUUUCGGACGUGCUUUUCUAAAUAGCGAACGCCAACUCACACGACAUCCGUAUCUAAAUUUUUUGCGAUACUUCAAAAGCAUACAUCCCACUUUCGGAUUUACUCGUAUUCUACGUGAAGGUGCCAAAUCAUGGAAGCGCAUGAAAUCUAAAGAGAGGAAAAGUUUCACGCAGAAGGAGGUACUGAAAACUCUACUUGCUUCGAAGGAUCUCAGCAAUUUCAAUUUGUUUCCCGUCAAUCCCAUACCGUUUGAUUAUCAUCCACAUUCGCUGAGUCUCAAACGCAACGUUGAGCGUAAGUUGCGCAAUCGACAGUUGAUACCCCGGGGCAAAGCACCUGCCAAUCCAAUAACCUGGCGGAAUUAUUUUUGAAAUGAAAAAGACUUGAAUGUUAUAAUGAAUCUUAUUUUGUAGACCUCCAAAUUCAAUUUUUGUGGAAUUCAGAUUUUGACAAAUAUCAGUAAUAUAGAAAAUAUUGUAAAAUUGUAAAAAAAUUCUUUAACUCAGAUUUGGACUAAUAU